AUGCCGCCCGCUACUCCUGGGCGGUCAAUAUUGAGGCAGUCGCUAUCACUCUCACGACUCCCACGAGAGUUCUUCACUUGUCGGCAAUGUCUACAGCGGCCUCAGCCGGCGAGAACUGCACGGCAAUGGAUAGGGACAAGUCAAUUUAGAGACACUUCGAAAUACACCUCUGGCUUGCUAGCUGCGUUUCGAGCCCAGCCUUCCAAACCAGUGGUUCCAAGGUCAUUUUUCACAACGGCAGCUACUCCAGCAGUAGGAGAGGCUGUUUCUAAGUCAAGGUUUCCUGAUAUCAGCUCCAAGGGAGUUGCAUACUGGCUGCUGGCGAGCGCAGCAAGUGUCUUUGGCAUUGUUGUGUUUGGCGGCCUAACUCGUCUUACCGAGUCUGGACUUAGUAUAACAGAAUGGAGACCUGUAACGGGCUCUAUACCACCACUGAACGAAGAUGAUUGGGAAUCCGAGUUUGCCAAAUAUAGGGCAUCACCAGAGUUCAAGCUUCUCAAUCCCAACAUGACUCUCCAAGAGUUCAAGUCGAUAUAUUAUAUGGAAUGGAUACACCGUAUAUGGGGCCGUUUCGUUGGCCUUUCUUUCGUUAUUCCUGCCGCUUACUUUGUUGCCACAAAACGGGUCUCAAAGCCCAUGAGCCUUCGUCUUGCUGGCAUUGCUGGUCUUAUUGGCUUCCAGGGCUUCCUGGGUUGGUGGAUGGUCAAGUCUGGAUUGAAAGAUGACCUGUUCGCGCCAGGUAGCCAUCCUCGCGUCAGUCAAUACCGGUUGACUGCACAUCUUGGGGCUGCCUUUAUUUGCUAUGUUGCCAUGUUGUGGAACGGAUUGGCUAUUCUACGCUCCCAUCGCCUCCUCGCGGACCCAGUCAAGGGCUUAGAAGUCCUUCAGGCGCUGAAAAAUCCUAAACUAGCCGUCUUCCGUCGCUCUGUUGCCGGACUCGCAUUGCUUGUGUUUAUCACCGCCAUGUCAGGUGGGCUCGUCGCAGGCCUCGACGCUGGUUUGAUCUAUAACGAAAUCCCAUGGAUGGGCAACGGUCUAACUCCUCCGAAGGAAGAGCUAUUCGAUGAGUUCUACUCUAGAAAAGAAGACCGAUCCGAUCUAUGGUGGAGAAAUAUGCUUGAGAACCCAUCCUUUGUACAACUUGACCAUCGAAUCCUGGCCAUGACUACCUUCACCUCCGUCAUGGCGCUCUGGGCGUACAGCCGUAUGCCCGCCAUGAAAAGACUUCUCCCUCGCGCAGCAAAAAAAGGUAUUCAUGGAGUUGUAGGGUUCACCGCACUUCAGCUGACCCUAGGAAUCAGCACGCUCCUCUACCUUGUUCCAAUACACUUAGCAUCUGCCCACCAAGCAGGCAGCCUGUUCCUCCUCACCUGGGUUAUGGUCUUGGGCAGCCGCAUAUGGCAUCCUUCUCGCACGGCAAGGCUCCUUCAGCAGGCUGUUAAAGCUAAGCCGCUAUCUUCGACCUCACAUGCUGCUUCUCCUCUUGCAAAGAAAGGUUAA